AUGAGCUGUUUUCUCGGGAAGGAGGAGGUUGAGAGGAGAACAGGUCAAAUUCAGGUCGAGAAGCGGCUCAAGUCCAACCAAGAAUCGCGGAGGAAGGAGGUCAUGAUCCUUCUCUUAGGUACUGGCGACCCUGGAAAAUCGACCGUGCUGAAGCAACUGAAACUUAACAACGGAGGAGAUUAUUGCGUUGCCAACGGCUUAUACUUCAAGGGCGUCGUCUUCACAAACAUUGUGCAGUCGACGCAAGGCACCUUAGAGGCGAUGGACGUCUCUGGCAUCUCAUUCGGAAACUCCACUGCAGACCGCCACGCUUGGGCUAUAUUCUCACAGAGACAAAAGAUGACCGCCCAAGAGCUUUUCUACAGAAGUCUACCUCGCCAUCAGGGUUGUUUGGGUCGAUGCGGGUGUGAAAACGUGUUUUUCGCGGUGCAGCGAGUUCCAAGUGUGUGA